UCCUUCCGAAGAACACAAGAAGACUCGCCUCCGGCCUCAGAGCGAGAGAGAUAGAGGGCGGCCAUGGCGGGAGAGGGGAGCAAGAAGGAGAUGGAAUUCGUCCUCACACAGGCCAUGAGGGCCGGCAACAGUGUGAAGGCUCAGCGCGACCGCCUCCUGCAGCUCCAGCGCCGGCUGCAGCGCCUCCAGGCCGGCCCCGCCGCUCAAGACCACGACGCCAGGCUCGGGGUGCUCGCCACGGAUCUCUUCAAGGUCUACUUCAUCGGCCUGGAGUACGGCGCCCGCACGCUCACCACCUGCAUCCGCUUCGCCCGCCAGCAGGGCGUUCUCCUCUCCCGGCCCACCAUGGAUUUCGCCGUCAUGAACGACGAGCAGCUCCACGACGCGCUGCUCGCGCUCGCGCAGCAGUUCCCGCCCCGCCCCACCACCCGGACCCAGGCCAUCGACCGCGCCAUGGCCGCCCUCCUGGCCAUCAAGCUGCUGGAGGAGCACCUCCUGCCGCGCUGCGUCGAGUGCCUCGUCGGCGGCAAGGCCCCCGUCCCCGGCAAGCCCCGCGACCCCUGUCCCGGCUCGGUCGCCGCCGCCACCGAGGGCCUCGCCAAGGUCGACCUCUCCGACGCCACCGACACCGCCAAGACCGGCAGCAAGCCCCGUAACGCAGACGCGGCCAGAGGAGGCGGCGGCGAGGUGGACAAGGCGCUGGACUACAUGUACCGCGCAAGCAGGAUCGUGAGCGUCGCCGUGAAGCACAUCGACGUCGCCGUCGCAGUCCUCUCCCGCUUCCUCGACCCCAAGAAGCUCGCCAGCCUCACCGAGUUGUGCGACGACCACAUCUACAUCUCCGAGGACGGACCCUAUCCAUCAUCCGAUUGACUGUCGAGACCGAGAUUCGAGGCUGUCGACCAAGCGAUCCAAGGAGUAGUUCUUUAAUUCAUCUAUGAUCUCUAGCUAGUGCAUCAUGCAGACUUGUGGUUUCAGUUCAGUUUUGGUCAGACUUGUGGUUCCUGGACGGCCGUGGCAAUCUAUCUCAGCUUCAUCAAUUAGGGGUAAAUCAAUGUAGUAGUAGUAGUGUAAUGCUGAUCGAUUUGGAUCUUAUCUUAUCUGUGGGACGAAUGAUCGAAUCAACUUGCAGGAGCUAUCUGUAUUA